ACGGCUUAGAGACAUCUAGGGGGCUAAUCCAAGAUGCACUUGAUUAAGAGUGCUAAACAAACACACAGCCGAUUUUGUUAGGUAGGUAAGGCGUGGAAAAGUUAGGGGAGGGGACAGAGAGAGAGAGAGAGAGAGAGAGAGAGAGACAGACAGAGAGAGAGAACACAAGAUAGAGGGAGGGGGAGUGAGAGAGGUGAGAAAGCAGAGCUACAUCCAUCUUCCUUUAUCAUCACACCAGGGUUUCUCAUUAGCAAAUCAGGGGCUCAGUAAUCCAGCAGGAGAGGGAGGGAGGGAGGCAAGCAGAGCAGGAGAGAAACGGCAGGAUCCGCGUGACGUCAGCGGCGCCAGGGAUUGAGGUGUUGAGUCCUGCUGAUUUAUCCGAGCUGAUAAGGAAAGAGAAAAAAGCAGGAGCCCGUGGAGGGUUCCCGGGAGAAUCGGGAGACGGACAAAAGGAGGAAGCUAAAGAAAGAGAGAAGCUAGAACUCAAGAACAUUCAAGACAAUCCAAACUUAAGGACAAGGGCAACCGAGUGCAACACAUCAGCCUACGAAGUUAGACCAAGAUGCCCAUGAACGGGAUAAACAAGGCGCUGAAACUGCAGUUCGGGCUCAUCAACCACGAGAAUCGCUACCUGACGGCGGAGGCCUUCGGAUUUAAGGUGAAUGCGUCCGCGACCAGCAUGAAGAAGAAGCAGAUCUGGGUGCUCGAGCAGGAUGAGAACGACAGCCAGGUGAUAUACCUGCGGAGCCACCUGGGUCGAUAUCUGGCCUCCGACAGGGACGGGAAGGUGAGCUGCGGAGCGGAGAAGCCGGAGACGGAUUGCCGCUUCCUGAUCGUGGCACAGUCAGAUGGCCGCUGGGCACUGCAGUCUGAGCCCUACCAGCGAUACUUCGGAGGCACAAAGGAUUACUUGUCUUGCUUUUCCCAAUCCAUUGGCGAACCGGAGCUAUGGGCCGUACACCUGGCGCUGCAUCCACAGGCUAACCUGUUAAGCAUCAGCCGCAAGCGCUACGCCCACCUGGCCGUGUCUGACGAUGAGAUCUCUGUCGACAGCAACAUCCCUUGGGGUGUGGAUUCCUUGCUCACUCUUGUGUACCUGGAAGGCAAGUACUGCCUGAAGACAUGUGACAACCGCUUCCUUAAUCACGAUGGCAAGCUGGUGAUGCAGAGUUGCCAGGGCACGAGCUAUACCCUGGAGCUCAAGUCUGGAAAGCUGGCCUUCAAGGACUGUGAGGGGAAGUACCUCAGCCCUGUGGGCCCAACUGGAACCUUGCGUUCUGGACGCUGCUCUAAGCCCGGCAAAGAUGAACUGUUUGACUUGGAGGAGAGCCGUCCACAAGUGGUUUUCCAGGCAGCUAACAACAGAUUUGUCUCAAUACGACAAGGGGUUAGCAUCUCGGCUAAUCAGGAUGACGAGACGGAGAUGGAGACCUUCCAGAUGGAGAUCGACAAAGAGAGCAGGAAGUGUGCGUUUCGGACUAAAGCCGGUGACUACUGGACGCUGGUGUCCCACGGCGGCAUCCAGUGCACAGCUACGGAAGGGGCCGCCGACACCAUGUUCCAGAUUGAGUGGCGGGACCGCAGGGUGGCCCUCCGCGCCAGCAAUGGCAAAUACGUCUGCACGAAGAAGAACGGGCAGCUGGCCGCCGUCAGCGAGGCUGUGGGAGAGGACGAGCAGUUCUUGUUGAAGCUCAUCAACCGGCCCAUCCUGAUCCUACGGGGGGAAAACGGCUUUGUGUGCCACCACAAGAGCUCCAACACACUGGACACCAACCGCUCCGUCUACGACAUCUUCACUCUGCAUUUCAGCGACGGCGCCUACCACAUCAAAGGUACCAACGGGAGGUUCUGGUACGUCUCCAGCAGCGGUCUGGUGUGCUCAGAUGGGGAGACCCCCGAGAAUUUCUUCCUGGAGCUGCUGGAGCAGGGGCGAGUGGCAAUCAAGGGAAAGAACGGAAAGUACCUGCGCGGGGACCAGGGCGGCACGCUGAAAGGCGAUGGCGAUGCAGCGGACAGCUCUUCCCUCUGGGAGUACUGACCCCUGCUGGACACAGCAGGAAGUGGCAGUCGCUGGCUCAACCAACGGAACAGCACAGAGAGGGGAAUUGGGUUUGACCAUUCUCAUCUCUGUUCAGCUGGGUUCUUCCCUAUCAAAAGCAGUACAACUCAAAGAAAUUAUUCAUAUAUGUGAAUAUACAGUAUUUAUAUAUUUUUCCUUGCCACAGUCCAACAAAAAACUAAGGUUAAAGGUUCAGUUUUAUUCACACAGGCUUUAUUUCAGAGCACAUAGCCCAGGAAGCGAUUUCUAGAAGAGCUUUAAGGCUCAUCUGCACUUAUUCCUGACAAUAAAAGAGUUAAUCUCCAGGCAUUACAUUUCCUUGAAACAAUCUGAAAAAAGGGCUAUUUGUAAGGACUUGGAAGUUAUUUUUUAUGUUUUCAUCCACUUAUAUUUCUGUGGGGAGGAAAAAGAGUUUCUGAUAAGCUUCACGUCCACUUCUAUUGAAGAAAUAUGCAAUUUAAAUCAGAAGGUCAUUACAUUUUCCAGUCCUGAUUAGGUGGUAAACAAGAUUCAGGAUAUUAUCAGUGAACAGUUCAAGAAGAACAAGCAUCAUUGAUGAUAACUUGGAGUCCUCAAGGAAGUAUUUUGGAGGGACAGAACCUUCUGGUAUAAAAAUUGCCCUCUACCACCAAAAACAUGAAAGGCCUGCUCUUUGAGAUCCAGGUACACUGGCACAGAAUUGUUUGAAAUGUAUAUGGUGGCCAGACCAUCAUAAUGUUUGAGAUGAAGGAUUUCAUUAAUUCAUUAAUCCUGCUGUAACAGACAUGUCUUCCAAGUUCCUUAGUCCCCAUGUGGCAAUCUAAAGUCCUCAAAAUGACUACUAUGGUAUACUGCCAAGGGGCUUUAACCGAGCUCCGCAGACCCUGCCACACAAUUCCUUAAUUUCGUCCCUGCUUACCCCAACCCUCUCCUUAUAUUGUCUAUGUUUUGCCAAUCCUAAAGUAACACCUUCCAAAGCAGUUUACAGUUAGAAGUUACAGUCAGUGUUGUAAUAGUAAGCUUAUCAUACACUGGUGAUGGACAAAAUGACGCUUCCUGAGUCA